AACCUCUACUCACAACUGUUCCGGUUUAAUAUCGGUCCGAUUUUGAUUAUCGACUGUGUUGCGAGGGAAGCUACCGGUCCACUGUUCUUGACUCCAGAUACGAGGGCGUUGAAAUUGAACCAAGAACACCGUCACAGACUCCAUUAAUCCCGCUCUUUUUCUUCACGGCGACGACGAACAAUCUAUACUCUUACCGAGCUUCAUUGUCCUUCUUUUACCAUUCCACUCAUUCACUACCAAUACAAUGCUCAAUCUCACAACCACUUCCAAUAACUUUCUCAAAUCACUUCACACUCUCACCUUCCUUAGACUCACCUCUUCUCUCGCAACCGAACUCGCCUCCUUAAUCAAACAAUCUUCUCCUGCCAAAACCCUAAAUCCUAAACCCCAAACACGAAUGGAGCUUAAACGCUUCCUCGAACUCCGAAUCAAAAAACGCGUCAAAUCACAACGCUCCACCAACAACGGUAAGUUUCAUAACUUAAUCAAAAACGUCAUUUCCAAUCCCCAAACACUCCGCGACGCUUACAACAUCAUCAAAAUCAACUCCAACACAAUCGUUCACCCCGUAACCGUUUCCUCAAAACGCGGCGAAAAUAGUGGAGACUCCACAAAACGCUACGAAGAUAACGAAAACGGUUAUUUCAUCGAUGACGUGGCACAACGGAACGGAGACUGUUAUUUCAUUGAUGACGUGCCACAACGGAACGGAGAUAGUUAUUUCAUUGAUGACGUGGCACAGCAGCUUAACGAAGGUAGUUUCGACGUGAACGCAAAUACUUAUUCAAUGUCAACGAGAAAAAAGAAGAAGAAAAAAGAAUUGAAAGAGGAAGAUGAGUUAUUGUUAGUGCUUCCUAAUUUGAAGUUGAGAGUUGUUCAGGAAGCGUUGAGGAUUGUGUUGGAAGUGAUUUUCAAGCCAAAUUUCUCUAAGAUUUCGCACGGUUGCCGGAGCGGAAGGGGCCGGGAGGCGGCGUUGAAGUACAUAUGCAAAAGUGUGUUGAGUCCUGAUUGGUGGUUUGCUUUGCUUGUGGAAAAGAAAUUUGAUUGUUUAUUGAUGGAUAAGUUAGUUUGUGUAAUGGAGGAUAAGAUAGAGGAUGGUUUUUUGUUUGAUUUGAUUAAAAGUAUGUUUGAUGCUAAUGUGUUGAAUCUUGAGUUUGGUGGUUUUCCUAAGGGACAUGGUUUACCACAAGAAGGUAUUUUGUCACCUAUUUUGAUGAAUAUUUAUCUUGAUUUAUUUGAUAGUGAAUUUCAUAGGUUGUCGAUGAAAUACGAAGGUGUAGGUGGUGGUGGAGAGCUUUUUGAUGGAGAUAAGCCGCGCUCUGCAUUGCGCGGUUGGUUUCGUAGAGAGUUGGAUGGUGGUGGUGUUGAGAAUUCUAGUGUUAAAGUUUAUUGUGUUAGGUUUAUGGAUGAGAUUUUUUUCGCAGUUUCUGGUUCUAGGGAUUGUGCUGUCAAUUUUAAGUUUGAGAUUGAGAGUUAUCUAAAAGAAUCUUUGAUGUUGGAUGCUGGGGGUGGUCGAACCGAUGUGCUGCCAUGUGUAGGUGCUAGCAGUGUUCGGUUUUUGGGGGCAUUGAUAAAAAGAAAUGUUGAAGACAGUCCUGCUGUGAAAGCAGUUCACAAGUUGAAAGAUAAAAUUGAGAUGUUUGCUUUGCAGAAGCUUGAGGCUUGGAAUUAUGGGACGGUUAGAAUAGGGAAGAAAUGGUUAGGCCAUGGUUUGAAGAAAGUCAAGGAAUCAGAGAUCAAACAUUUAGCUGAUAAUAGCUCUACCCUAAAUAGGAUUUCAUGUUACCGAAAGCCUGGGAUGGAAACUGAUCAUUGGUAUAAGCACUUGUUGAAGAUAUGGAUGCAGGAUGUUCAAGUGAGAAAUGCCAAAAGCGAAGAAAAUGUCUUGUCUAAGUUCGUUGGAGAGCCGGCUCUUCCGCAAGAGCUAACGGAUUCCUUUUACGAGUUUAUGAAGCAGACAGAGAAGUAUAUAUCUUGUGAGGCAGAUUCUAUUGUCAAGCUUUUGGGAAAUAAUAACGGUUCGACAGAACAGGUGAUAGCUAAAACCGAGAUUAUCGCUCCUGUCUAUGCCAUAAAAAAGCGUCUCGAGAGAUAUGGAUUAACUACAUCACAUGGAUUCUCACGAUCUGCUAAUUUGCUUGUCAUGCACGAUACAAGUGAAAUAAUUGACUGGUUUUCAGGGAUUGCUUGCCGCUGGCUGAAAUGGUAUGAAGAUUGUGCUAACUUUAAUGAAAUAAAGUUUUUGAUAUCGGAUCAAAUUAGGAAAUCAUGCAUUCGUACUUUAGCAGCAAAGUAUCGGAUACAUGAAACGGAGAUAGAAAAGCGGUUUGAUGAAGAACUAAGUAGGCUUCCACCAUCGCAGGACACGGAGAACGAGAUGAUGAAUGAAGUAUUGGGUGUUCAAGUUUUUGACAACGAUGAGGCGUUAACGUACGGAAUUGCAUAUAGUGGUUUGUGUUUGUUGUCACUGGCAAGAAUUGUGACCCAAGCAAGACCAUGUAAUUGUUUUGUACUAGGGUGCUCAGCUCCAGCACCAAGAGUGUAUACUCUUCAUGUAAUGGAAAGGCAAAAGUCUCCAAGCUUGAUGACUGGGUUUUCAACUUGCAUUCAUCCAAGCUUAAAUAAACGGCGACUAGGGUUGUGUAAGCAGCAUUUGAGGGAUUUGUAUCUUGGUCAUAUAUCACUUCAGUCCAUUGACUUUGGUGAAUGGAAGUGAGUUUCUUCAGUUUUAUCAGGAACUUUAUCAGGAUGUUUGGUUUGAACUUUGGUCAUCACGUGUUACUUCCUAUGUAGCACCAAUGUCUCGGAAUGAAGGCGUGUCCGGUUAUCCUACUCGUGUUCGACACUGACAUGACUUCGACACAUGUGUUCAUUCAACUCAAACAAUAAUUCUCAAUGAAUAUCCACUAUCCUAUCCCUCUCUCUUAUAACCAAUCCCCUUGAAUCAGCAAACAUCUUGCAACCCCACCUCCCGUUUUCCUCAUGUAACUUUAUCAAGUAAUGGGCCUACUAGGAUAUACUGCUAUAGUUGGGUCGUUUGUGUCAUAAGGCCCAAGAUUCCUAUCAAUGUAUUACUUCCUAUGUAUCACCAACGCCUUGGAUUGAAGAAGUGUCUGGUGUCCUACAGGUGUUCGACACUGACACGGCGUCGGCAAAUGUGUUCAAUUAAUUCUAUUUGCUUAAUUUAAUACCGGUGUCAGCAUAUCAUUGCCGUGUUCAGUGUCUAUGUCAUUGCUUCAUAUAGAUUACUUCACUUUAUGAAGAUGAAGGUUCUAUUGGUAAUGAGUUGCAGAGACAGGAUUCAAUACUUACUACUUCCUUUGUUUUCAACGAACCAGGGUAACUCUUUCCUUUGUUUUCAAUGACUCAGCUGUUAGUUUUACUUAAGGUCUUAAAGCAUUUGUAAUGCAGGUCAAGGUGCUUUUUCUAGUACUUAUGGAUCUAUGUCGCCGAACAUCUGGGCUGCAACACCCCUUGCCAGUUUCUCAGGUGGGGAAUAGCAACAUUCAGGUUCGUCUGCAUUAUAUUGACGGGAACUACACUGCACUGCCAGAGGUUGUUGAAGCAUCCCUUGGCCCACAUAUGCAGAACAUGCCUCGCCCUAGAGGUGCAGAUGCUGCUGGUCUUCUACUUCGUGAGCUAGAACUCUCCAGCAGAAGAGUGGCAUCGACGUAAUACAUUUGGUGGACCUUAGACUGAUUCAAAUGAUGAAGAUUGUGCAAAUGAUUCACCAAAAUUAGUUAGUUUAAGUCCACUUGAUUCCAGUUCGUUGGAAAAUAGUGAUGUCUAUUAUGCAGCCAAGGGAUUGUGGCCAAGGAAGCACAGGAUGUCUGAGCGAGAUGCAGCUUUUGGGUUGAACACUUCAGUGGGUCUGGGAGCUUAUCUUGGUAUAAUGGGUUCUCGAAGAGAUGUUGUUACUACACUAUGGAAGACCGGCCUUGAAGGGGUCUGGUACAAGUGUAUAAGAUGUCUGCGGCAGACUUGUGCUUUUGCUUCACCUGGUUCCACCAACCUUCCUAAUCAAAAUGACCGGGAAAUUUGGUGGGUCAGCCGCUUGGAUAUGGCUGUCCAAUGUGUGGUGGAAGAUGGGCUAGAGUUGUAUAGCCCAUAUCAACAAUUGUUGUUCUUGGUUGAGGGAAGAAACGCAUAUAAUUGUGGCCAACUGUAGAAACUGAAUGUGUAGAUGAAAUGCUGAUGGGAAUGGUACAGGGAAGAAGAGAUGUAGAUUUAUCUGACAGGCGUGUUGUGUUGUAUGCGGUCAUUGUUGUUGAUCGAAAGAAAAUUUAAUUUCUUGUUCGACUGAUCACCUUGCUGGGUUCCAACUAUUCUAAAGUUUUAUGGGUAUUGAUAAUUUUUUUUGCUAAUUGCAACCUAAUUUAGUCAGAGGAUGUUGACAGUUUCAUCUGCAUUUUUUUCACUACUCAAGCCACACUUACCUAAUCUGAUCAGCCAUGUCUUCAGAUGGUGACCAUCAUAUGCCUCUAGGCUAAGAUUCUCUAACGAAACGUGCAUAAUCAUCAAAAGAGUUCUAGUUAUUCUUAAAUAAUUAGAAAAUAUAUUAGUAUGAUUGUUGUUGUCAAUUAUAUAAUGAUCAUCAAAAUUAUAUAUGUAACUUAUUUAAUCUAUGUAGUGUUUAUAAUUAAUUAGAUAUAGUAUGA